CUAUGACCCUCAAGAAAAACCACUCACCAAUUUUGCCCCACCGGCAUGAAGAGCCCCUCUCCCCUUCUGACCACUCACGGCAGCAACAGCGGGGGGGAGAUCCGUGAACUCGAUGAAGUUGAGGCUCAAGACGUCCCUUCUGAUGAAGUGUACCCCACCAGUUGUCCCAGUGACUGUUGUGGUGACUCCCAAGUUCUUCAAGAUCUGCCAGUCCCUGAGUCAAGAUGUUCCUCUUUGCCAACAAAACCAAGACCCCCAUCAGCACCUACACGGACUCCUACAGGGCUCCGAAUACCAUGAAGAAGGCCUACGAUGAGGCUCCGUUGGCCCUGUGGAGUGAAAACAAGUUCCUGACGCAGGUACAACCCUUGGGGGGGGGCGGUUUGGUCUAAAGCAGCCUUUCUCAACCUGUGGGUCCCCAGAUGUUGUUGAGCUACAACUCCCAUCACCCCUAGCUAGCAAGGCCAGAGCUCAGGGAUGAUGGGAGUUGUAGUCCAACAACAUCUGGGGACCCACAGGUUGAGAACCGCUGGAAAGGAAAGGGGAGGAGGAGGCAUGACAGAGGUGUGUAAAAUUAUACAUGGCACAAAGGAAAUUGUCCGUAUCCCCUUGUAACACUAGCAGCUCCCCAAGGAACGAGGGACACAGGUGGCUCUGUGGUCUAAACCACUGAGCCUCUUGGGCUUGCUGAUCGGAAGGUCAUUGGUUCGAAUCCCCGCGACGGGGUGAUCUCCCGUUGCUCUGUCCCAGCUCCUGCCAACCUAGCAGUUUGAAAGCAUGUCAGCGCAAGUAGAUAAAUAGGUACCACUAUGACGGGAAAGUAAAUGAUGUUUCUAUGCACUUUGGCUUCCAUCACGGUGUCCCGCUGCGCCAGAAGCGGUUUAGUGCUGCUGGCCACAUGACCCGGAAAGCUGUCUGUGGACGAACGCCAACUCCCUUGGCCUGAAAGCGAGAUGAGCGCCACACCCCUUUGGAUGGACUUAACUGUCCAGGGGUCCUUUACCUUACCCUGACCUCUCCAAGGAAGCUGAGUGUUGCAAGAUCCCAAAGAGACAAAAGGGAUUGUCACACAGUGCAUGAUUAAAAGUAGAGAUGGCCACCAACUUGGUUGGCUUUGAAAGAGGAUCGGACAAGUUCAUGGCAGAGAAGGCUCUGUUGUUGGCUAUUAGCAGGAUACCUCUGAAUACCAGUUGCUGGAAACUACAGGAGGAGAGAGUGGUCUUGUGCUCCCGCUCUGCUUGCAUGCUUCCCAUCUGAGCCUCUGCUUGGCUGCUGGAAGAAAGGGCACUGGACCCGAAGGGGCGCUGGCCUGAUCCAGCAGGGCUCUUGGGUAAAACUUCCAUGUGGCAAUAGUGCCUCUGCACAAAGGGGGUCUAACAAGGCUUCCUGGCUGCAAGAGAUUCAGGAGCCACACAGAGCUGCUGGGUCUCCCACCGUGUCCAGCCAGGUGCCCCAGGGAAACUUUGAACAGCAGGUUCCUUACCUUUGUCGCUAUUUAAAUUCAUUUUGUGAGUUUGAGGUUGCAGCUAGCAAUGGGGGGUUAAGGGGAUGGAGCCAGAGGCCUUGCAGGGGGGAAAAGAGCUUUGAAGAGAGUUAUAAUGAGAAGGAAGGGAAAUUGUGCAUUAAUAGGCUUUGAAAGGAGCAAGCUUCCCCCCGAGUUUGGGGACAAGGUGGGCUCCACACCCAACCUGAGCUUAUGAAUAAGGCACUCAUCAUUAAUUUUAUUUGUAUCCUGCUUUUCCACAAAAAGAAUAGUGCUCAACAUGGCUUAAGGGACGCGGGUGGCACUGUGGGUUAAACCACAGAGCCUAGGACUUGCCAAUCAGAAGGUCAGCAGUUCGAAUCCCUGCGACGGGGUGAGCUCCUGUUGCUCGGUCCCUGCUCCUGCCAACCUAGCAGUUCGAAAGCACGUCAAAGUGCAAGUACAGUGGUACCUCGGGUUAAAUACUUAAUUCGUUCCAGAGGUCUGUUCUUAACUAAUGAGGCCUCCUGCUGCCGCUGUGCCGCCAGAGCACGAUUUCUGUUCUCAUCCUGAAGCGAAGUUCUUAACCUGAAGCACUAUUUCUGGGUUAGCGGAGUCUGUAACCUGAAGCGUAUGUAACCUGAAGCGUAUGUAACCCGAGGUACCACUGUAGAUAAAUAGGUACUGCUCCGGCGGGAAGGUAAACGGCGUUUCCGUGCGCUGCUCUGGUUCGCCAGAAGCAGCUUAGUCAUGCUGGCCACAUGACCCGGAAGCUGUAUGCCGGCUCCCUCGGCCAAUAAAGCGAGAUGAACGCCGCAACCCCAGAGUCGGCCAUGACUGGACCUAAUGGUCAGGGGUCCCUUUACCUUUACCAACAUGGCUUAUAACAGGAGUGCACCAACUACUGGAAAAAGAAUUUCAUAAGAACGUAAUAGCAAAUAUCACAACAUUAAAAAUCCUCAACGUUUUGGUACUAUAAAUGUAUCAAGCUUGCAUUAUCAACGUUCUGUGGCUCCAUGCCUCUUGGCAAUAGCAAAAAUAACAAGGGAGCUUGGACGUGGCGAUGCUCAGAGCCCUUCUCCUGAAACAGCCUCUUGUAACGUUUCCAAAGGGGUGGCUGGAAAAACUCACCCCAUGAUGUCGCUUCCAUGCGCAUGCCAGCUUAGAGAGAUCUGGCGGCUGGGGGCUUUUGCCAUUUGGCCUGGGGAUCCCACUAUGGCAAGUCUGGGAAUGGGAGAGGGAGCUGGCUCCCCAGGAAAAGAUGAAGAUGGUUGUGUUAAAAAACACCAAAACCUUCCUGGGCUUUGGUCUGUCGUUGGGAAGGCAGCGCCCUCUGCUGUGUAGAUGGUGCACAGGCAGUAAAAACUGAGUAGAUCUCUGAGGCGAAGCUCAUUCAGAAAAGUGGUUUCUGUCCAAGGCUCUGUUGCUAAGCAAGUUUCCCAGCUUGCAUGCUGCCAAACCGCACCCCCCAACUGGUGGUACACUAUGCACUGCUCCCCCCCCCAAUGUUUGCUAGGUUUCCAUCGAGCAAGACCUGCCUUUCCACUAGUACUUAUUUAUUUAGUUAUUACAUUUAUAUCACAGCUUUCUAGAUCAUGCCAGAGCCCUACUCCCAGAGCCAGCACCCAGGAAGGCAUGAGCCAGGCCACCCUGCCCAGUUCCUCCCAGUUCCGCCGCUAGCCUCACUGGGGUGGUCCAGGCCAAGCAAUCCUGCUCCAGCAACUGUGCACUUGGCUUCAGUCUUGCUUACUAGGUCCUCCCAAACCCAUUGCGCGUGUAUUCUUCACUCGUAGAUGCCUUGGGCAGUACAGUGGUACCUCGGGUUAAGUACUUAGUUCAUUCCGGAGGUCCGUACUUAACCUGAAACUGUUCUUAACCUGAAGCACCACUUUAGCUAAUGGGGCCUCCUGCUGCUGCCGCGCCGCUGGAGCAUGAUUUCUGUUCUCAUCCUGAAGCAAAGUUCUUAACCUGAAGCUCUAUUUCUGGGUUAGCGGAGUCUGUAAGCUGAAGCGUAUGUAACCUGAGGUGCCACUGUAUUGCAUGCAGUUAUUUCACAACAACCCUGUAAGGUAGGCCGUAGAAUCACAGAACCAAAGAGUUGGAAGGGAAUUGCAGGAGUUCCUUGUACUGGGCAGCCAACAAGCUAGAUAUUUUAUAUAUAUUUUUGUAUAUCCUCCCCUUUCUCCAAUCUCAAGCCCAGGGCGGCAUAGCAUCAAUCACAGGUGGGGAACCUCAGGACAUCUUAGGCCUGAUAGCGGUCCCAAUUUGACAUGCAGGGCUGUUUCCUUCCAGCUAUGCUCUCCUCCUUGCAGGUAAAGCCUCAUGCUUCUUCCUUUGCAAGUCCAGCUUGAAUUUUGCACUGUUUAAAUCUGCUACCCAAUGCCAUCUGUGCUGCCAGAGUCAGGCCCACCCAGGAGUUCCCAAAUUCAGCUGACAGCAGCUGAAAGGAGCGCAGUAUGUCAUAAACAAAGACCAAAGCACUAUAACUUGUCGGAUAAGUAUCACAUUCAAACCACACAAUUAAUUUAAAACCAUUAAUGUCAACGACAACCCACAUAACCGCAACCCCAGUGUGGUGCAGUAGUUAAAGUUUCAGACUAGGACCCAAAGAUAUAAAUGCAAUUAACAAACUAGCCCCAAAUAGUGCAGCUUUCGUGAUCCAAAUGCCUCAAAAACUGCAACCAUGCUAUGCUUAAAAUAGCAACUAUGGGGGCAUUUUUCAUAUUUUGUGUGAGUUGGCAUUUGCUUAUUUGCUAAGUUUAUACACUGCCUUUCAUUUGCUAAGGGGCGCUGUGGGUUAAACCACAGAGCCUAGGACUUGCCGAUCAGAAGGUCGGCGGUUCGAAUCCCCACGACGGGGUGAGCUCCCGUUGCUCGGUCCCUGCUCCUGCCAACCUAGCAGUUCGAAAGCACGUCAAAGUGCAAGUAGAUCAAUAGGUACCGCUCUGGCGGAAAGGUAAACGGCGUUUCCGUGCGCUGCUCUGGUUUGCCAGAAGCAGCUUAGUCCUGCUGGCCACAUGACCCGGAAGCUGUACGCCGGCUCCCUCGGCCAAUAAAGCGAGAUGAGCGCCGCAACCCCAGAGUCAGUCAUGACUGGACCUAAUGGUCAGGGGUCCCUUUACCUAUUAAAAAAACAACAACAGUAAAACAACUCAAAACUCCACUCAGCCACAAGAUGUUGCACAGAAACGCCAUAAAACAAAGGCAGCCACGAAAUUAUGCAGCAGAAAUAACAUUUGCGUGUCACGUUUUAGUUUACUGAAUGCAUUAUGAUGUCAAGCAAGCCCAGGAAGAUGGGGUGGACGAAGGGGCAUACAUUAAUGUGGUUAAAGUUUGUACGUACUUCAAAACUGGGAGGAGAGAACUAUGAAUAACAACUGCUCCGUGUAGCAGUAACUGGGAAGGGUGGUGAACUGACUCCCGUGCCUUGCAGACUUGGCCUUGAAUCCAGCUCCCUGCUGCGGUUUUAAAACACAACAAAACAAGCAGAACUCCUUAUCUUCAUCAGCAGAUGUCCACAGACAAAUAAGGCGGAUGCGCUGAAUUAUCUUAGCUGCGGAACUUUCUUGUGACUGUGUGCUAUAUAGUCAGUUGGGCAGAGUAAGGAAGUAACUUCCACAGCUGUUUAAAUUUUUAAGGAACGCUUUGACCUUAAAAGCACGCUCGCGUCCUCCUCUCCGACCCCCCAAAUUUGGGAAGCAGUGGUCUAGUAGGUUUUGCACACAGCAGGUUUCCUGCCUAUAAAUAUAACAGUCCAGACCAGUCCCAAAGCUGUGACUGAGAGCACAGGCAGGAGGCUAAUAGGUCAUUUUAGCAAGGCUGUCUCAUAGGAGGAGCUGUGCUUGACUGCUCUGGGGACUGAUCCAUAAAAAUAUAUAAUUAUUUACUGUUUGUUUCAUAAAAUUUAUACACCACCCCUUGGUUGUAAACACACACACACAGACCAAAAAAACCCUCAAAACAUUCUACAGAAAGAAUGAAACAACAAAAUUAUAAAUAAGAAAACUUAACAACAAUCAUGGAAAACUUUCAAAAAGCUAAAACAACAGUAGGCUAAAAACAGAUUAAAAAUCGCAUCAACUUCCUAAACUUCUGGGGAGGCUCGUCUAAGCAAGGUUGUUUUUAGCAGGCAGCAAAAAAGAAAAAGAAAAAGUUCAGUGAAGGUCACUAGCUGAAAUCAAGAGGCAGGGAGUUCCAAAGGGUACAUGCUGCCCAAUAAAAGAUCAAGUUCUUCCAAAUGCCAAAUGGGAAUUAUUUCACCAAUCGAAGUGAUAGCAGGCAUACACAGGGUAGGGCUUAGGGCUUAGGGCCUCGUACUUAUGGGACUGCCUCUCUGGUCUGCCCCGCAGAGGACCUUAAGGUCCAUGAAUAACCAUAGUUUAGAGGUCCUGGGCCCUAAGGAAGUCAGACUAUCCUCCACCAGGGCCAGGGCCUUCUCAGUGAUGGCUCCGACCUGGUGGAAUGCUCUGUCCCAGGAGACCAGGGCCCUGCAGGAUUUAACCUCCUUCCGUCAGGCCUGUAAGACAGAGCUAUUCCUCCUGGCCUUUAAUUUGAAUUCAGCCUGAUCUUUUAUUUCCCUUCUCUUCCCCCCCUCCCCUUUUAUGAAGAUCACCCGCUCUGAGACCCCACAGCUAAUUCUCCCCUGGCCUCCUCGCUGGCCCAAGUAGGACCAAUUCAGCCAGCUAGCCCUGGGAUUAUCUAAUUGAUUUUUGAAUUUUGAAUUUUAUUGUUAUUCAUGUUUUUAUACCAUAUUUUAUGCUGUUUUCAUAAUUAAGUGUCUUAAAGUGUUUUAAAUUUGUUGUUAGCCGCCCUGAGCCCAGUUUUUUAACCAGGAAGGUUGGGGUAUAAAUAAAAUUAUUAUUAUUAUUAUUAUUAUUAUUAUUAUUAUUAUUUCUGUAUCUUUUUGAGUGAAGAAGCAGGUGCGCCUCCAAUUUUAACUGGGGGGACAGGGACACUGCUUCAAGUACCAGAAGUUUGGGAGACAUUGUUAAUAGGGCAGGUGUCACCAACAGGGUGCCCUUCAGUUAUCUCCCUGACGCUUGCAAACGCUCUGAGACGCACACGGACCAGUCGCUCCUUCCAACUUUAGGUCCCCAAGUGCUGAGGGUGGUUGCCAGAUCAUCAGCACCUUUACUCCGUAGAGCUGAAGGAGCAAGUUGGAAAAAGGACCACGCUCUUUGCUCCUUCCUUUCUCAGCUCUGUGUGCUUCUCAAGGCUCCGAUUAAUUCUGCUGGGUCUGGCUUUCACCCAGACGGCUUGGGAAAGCGAAGCGUAGAUAAAGGCUCUCUCUUGCGUGGCAAGUUCCCGCGCCCCCCCCCCCCAUUGGAAUAAAGACACAUGACACAAUUAUUAAGGUUAAUGGGCUAAAAAGGUCCACAACUUUAUUGGUUACAGGUAAUGAGCGGUAUUGGCUUAGGCAUUGGUCCUAACUGUCUAUAUCCGGGUUCAGCCCAUCCGCUUGAAGUCUGGGGGAGUCCAGUAGGGGGAGUCCUAGGGACGCAGGUGGCACUGUGGGUUAAACCACUGAGCCUAGGACUUGCCGAUCAGAAGGUCGGCAGUUCGAAUCCCCGCGACGGGGUGAGCUCCCGUUGCUCGGUCCCUGCUCUUGCCAACCUAGCAGUUCGAAAGCACGUCAAAGUGCAAGUAGAUAAAUAGGUACCGCUCCGGCAGGAAGGUAAACGUCGUUUCCGUGCACUGCUCUGGUUCGCCAGAAGCGGCUUAGUCAUGCUGGCCACAUGACCCGGAAGCUGUACGCCGGCUCCCUUGGCCAAUAAAGCGAGAUGAGCGCCACAGCCCCAGAGUCGGCCACGACUGGACCUAAUGUUCAGGGGUCCCUUUACCUUUACCUUUAGGGGGAGUCCUGCUGAUGCACAGCAACUAGGAGCUCCCCCAGGGUCACCAAUAGGGGGUGUGCCUUGGGCCCUCACCUCCCCAGGCUUCGGACAGGGCCACGCCCCCCCAGAAUUCUUUAUCGGACUACCUUUCAAUAUGUGGGGCAGGUGAUGGCGCUUCCUCCCCUCUUCCAUCUACAGAGCAAUACCAAUGCCUAACCGCCAAUACCAAGAAAGUUGUGACGAUUUGCUACGAGGUAGGCAAAAACCAAGUGGCUGGUGCCAAUUUGCCAAGUGGAAAAAUUCCUACCAGGCCCCUCAAUGGCGACCAACCAAGGUCCAUAGCAAGGUCAAGGAACGGAAACCUUAAGGGACGGGGAGGGUGGGAAACAGGAACAGCUGGCAGGCGGGAAAAGAGGGAGAUCCCUGGCUGUGACUGCCUUAAAUAGGGCAGGCCACGCCCCCAGAGCCAGCCGAUUGGCUGGCCAGGGGAUGACGCGGCCGGGGAUUCCCCCAAUUGCGCUGGGCCGUGAUGCCCGCAAUCCCACCUCCUCUGCAGGGCGGAAGUGGCUUUGCGAGGUUAUCUUGGGGAGAGGAACAUGACCCUGCCGGAUUAGACCCAUGGCCCAACUUGUGUAGAAUCGUCUGUGGGAAACUCAUACACAGGAUCCAAGCGCCAGGGCAACUCUCCCCUCUUGUGGUUUCCAGCAAAUGGUAUUCAGAAGCAUUGCUGGGGAUGCAGAACAGAGCCACCAAGGCUACUAGCCGUGAUUAGCUCUCUCUUCCCCCAUGAAGUCAUCUAAUCCUCAUUUAAGGCUAUCUAGUUUGGUUGUCAUCACUGCUUCCAGUGGGAGGGAGUUCCAUAGGUGAACUCUGCGCUGGGUGAAGAAGUACUCUCUUUUAUCCAUCCUAAAUCUUCCAACAUUCAGCUUCACGGAAUAUCCACGGGUUCUAGCAUUAUGAAGGAGGGAGGAAAAGUCUUCUCUAUCCACUUUCUCCAUGCCAUGCAUGAGUUUAUAAUCUGUUGUGUCCCCUCACCCUUGCCUCUUAUUCCACUGAGAAGUAAUUCAAAAAGUCUAGCUUAAAUAUAUCUCUUUGAAACUAUACUAUUGCAUCCAACUUAAAUACUAGGCAAAGCAGCUUAAAAAAAAAACUACUUCUCAACCCAGCUGGCCCUUGUAGCUAAGAAAUGGUGUGUGGGUUUUAUAUUUUCCUCCUCCCUCCCCAUCCAUGGUUCUUUCUGUGUCGCGCCUUUUAGAUUGUAAACCUAAGGUGUUUUUUUAUUAGCAUUAUUGAUCUGAAAGCCACGGUAGGACCUUUUUCAUACGACAUGCAGUGUUUAUAUAUAAAUAAACAACGUGCAAUUAAGUCAGCUGGCAGAAGUUUAAAGCAGAUUGGAAGGGCUGGAUAUAGCUUGUUGGACCUGCUUUGUGUGAAAAUGAGGUGCAAAAGCGUAUUGUAUUAACUGAACAUUUCGCAUAAAACAGCCGGAGGGGUUGGACUGGGCACCUCUUGGGGACCCUACAAUUUGAUGGUUCUGGGAUGCAAGACUCAAUGGCCACUUGGCCCAAUCUAAGCAGGGGGACAGUGGUGGUUCUUGUUACGCAUUUACACUCCAGGGGAAAGUCUCUCCUUGUUCUCGAGCCCUUUGACACAGUCCCCCUGCCUGACACCCCCGCCAUUUUUUUAGCUCACCGGUAUUAUGCCCCCUCCCUGACUGUGACAUCACAGCUGAUGCAAACAGGGUCAGUGUCAGGGAGGGAGGCUGUGAGUUUAGAGAGCCAUUAGCAGGUUGUAGUUUGUUACUAAAGUGCAAAGCGUCCCCUUUCUAUUUUCUUACCUUAAACUCGCACCGAGCUGUUUAGCGGACCCUUUAGUUUAGCGUGGCGUACGGGGAGGAAAGAAGCCCUUUUGCUAGAAAACGUAGCGGAGAGUUUAGUUUAGGCCCCCAGGCGGAAAUCUUCAGGGAAGGUCAACCUGUGGCGAGAUGUUCAUCUUUGCACAUAAGACAGACACCCCCAUCAGCACCUACAGGGACUCCUACCGCGUGCCAUGCCGCACCGACAACUCCUACAAGGAGCCCAACCUCAGCAUGGGCGACAUGAGCCACUGCGUGUCCAAGGUAAAUCUUGACGUAUGUCCGGAGUCAAGGGGGUGGUGAGGACACAAAGGAACUUUUCGAAGAAGAGUUGCUUUCCUAAAGAACAACUGGGGACCAGUUUACCGAGGAGAUCCGUAUGUGUUCAACCAAUUUGAUUAGCUUGUUGAAUGGUCUCCUUAAAUUUGAAGGUUCAUUAUUGUUCCGCAAGAUGUGUAUGUCUUUAAGGGCUAGAGUAAAUAACUUGACCCAGUUUUACAGCUGUGAAGCAGUAUAGCAGGUGCGGUUAAGGUGUGUUAAUUAAGCUGUGUCAGCAAUUGGGUAUAGUAUAUAAAGAGCAGCACCUAGCUCUCUCAGUACCCUGGUGGUUGGGUCAUGCUUAGUGAUAUAAUUAAUGUAAAAGGAGUUUUUGUUUUUGUUAUUAAAACCUAGCUAAAGUUGUUUUGCGUUCCUUGUAAUGUGUGGUCUCCCCAGCACGCCUUCUGCAGUGCAACUAGUCUGCAAAUAGCCAACACAGCUGACCUGCCACUGCUAGAGUUGCCAAAUAAUAAUAAUAAUAAUAAUAAUAAUAAUAAUUUUUAUUAUUUAUACCACGCCCUUCCCGGUUCAAAAACCGGGCUCAGGGCAGCUAACAAAUUUAAAACACUUAAUUGUAAAAGCAGCAUAAAAUACAGUAUAAAAACAUGAAUAACAAUAAAAUUCAAAGUUCAGAAAUCAAUUUAGGGGAAAUCCAUCUAAUAAGCAUUAGAUGAUUCCCAGGGCUAGCUGGCUAAAUUAGUCCUUUUUGGGCCAGCGAGGAGGCCAGGGGAGAAUUAGCUGUGGGGUCGCAGAGCAGGUGAUCUUCAUAAAAGGGGAGGGGAGGGAAGAGACGAGAAGGGAAAUAAAAGAUCAGGCUGAAUUCAAAUUAAAGGCCAAGUGGAAUAGCUCUGCCUUACAGGCCCGACGGAAAGAGGUUAAAUCCUGCAGGGCCCUGGUCUCCUGGGACAGAGCAUCUGAAAAGGCCCUGGCCCUGGUGGAGGAUAGUCUGACUUCCUUAGGGCCCAGGACCUAUAAACUAUGGUUAUUCAUGGACCUUAAGGUUAUCAGGCUCCUAAUAGCCCCUAGCCAACUUGGCUGAUGGGCCAGGAUGGUUGCGAGUCCAGCAACAACCCCCGGAGAGGUCUUCAGCCCGGCAGGAAGUGAGUUGCCCAGGGCCACCAGAUCACCAACACCCCCCAAACAGGGCAACCGAGGGUUCAUGAGUCUUUUUUCUGCCUUGUAGGGCUUGACCGUGCCCAGAAUCGACCACCCGAUAGACCAAAACCGCCUGGAGAAUAUGGUGAAGAAGGCAGUGCAGGAAUACACCUAUAAGAACUGCAUAGACCCAACAGCUUACCGGCCGUACAAAUAUUGGGUGACCAGGGAGGAAGGUACGUUUCACUUACAUGUGCACAAGGGGUUGCUUCUAUAGAUAUAUUUGUUAAAUUUUCUGUUUUACAAUUUAGAAUAUACAUGUAAAUAACCUUAAAAUAUCAAUGACUUCCCUUCUUCUCUUCCCAUGGUUCAUUUUGCAUAGCGUAAAUCCCUGCAUAUUUUAUGUUAACUAAACCGUUCAGUAUUCCAUUAUUGCUUCCAUCAAAACUUAUUUACACUGUUGAAUUUAUCUUAAUGCUGCCAACGUUUUCAAGUGUACACAAUUCCUUCCCCCAUAUAUUCAAGAAACAUUUUCCAAUCUUCUUUAAACAAAUGUUCUUCUUGUUUUCUUAUUCUGUAAGUUAGAUCUGUAAGCUACACAUAUUCCAUCAGUUUAAGUUGCCAUUCUUCUUUGGUUGGGACCUCACUCAUUUUCUAUUUUGGGGCUAACAAAACAUGGGCAGCCGUAAUGGCAUACAUAAAUAACCCUUUUUGACACCUGGGAAGCCUUUAGGGGUCACUUCCAGCUCCACAAUUCUAUGAUUCUAUGACUUAUUUAAAAAUAUUUAUUGAUGCUUUUGAAUUUUGGUGCUGGAGGAAACUCUUGAGAGUCCCAUGGACUGCAAGAAGAUCCAACCUCUCCAUUCUGAAGGAAAUCAGCCCUGAGUGCUCACUGGAAGGACAGAUCCUGAAGCUGAGGCUCCAAUACUUGGGCCAGCUCAUGAGAAGAGAAGACUCCCUGGAAAAGACCCUGAUGUUGGGAAAGAUGGAGGGCACAAGGAGAAGGGGACAACGGAGGACGAGAUGGUGGGACAGUGUUCUCAAAGCGAGCAACAUGAGUUUGACCAAACUGCAGGAGGCAGUGGAAGACAGGAGUGCCUGGUGUGCUCUGGUCCAGGGGGUCACGAAGAGUCAGACACGACUAAACGACUAAACGACAACAAUUUCAUUUUAAAAGAUGUCAAAGCAGUUUACAAUUAUGUAUGCAUAAAAACAUACAGCUGAAAACCAUAUUUGAAAAGGUUAAAAGCAGGCAUUGAUUAGGUAUACAAGUCAACAGAAAAGAGAUUCUGACUUGUAACUUGAAUCCAUUGGUAAUCCAGCCUUGAGGUUUGGAAGGCAUGGACUACAGUGCUCUCAGGCUAUCCCUGUCCAGGAACGGCCAUCGUUGGUGAAGCAGACAGAGCUGGUAAACCAGCCUGUGAUCCCCAUUGACUCUUAUUCCCAGGCAUUUCCUGCCCCUGACAGUAGAGAUGGAACAUAAUUUUCUAUAGGUAAAGGUAAAGGGACCCCUGACCAUUAGGUCCAGUCGUGGCUGACUCUGGGGUUGCGGCGCUCAUCUCGCUUUAUUGGCUGAGGGAGCCGGCGUACAGCUUCCGGGUCAUGUGGCCAGCAUGACUAAGCCGCUUCUGACAAACCAGAGCAGCGCACGGAAACGCCGUUUACCUUCCCACCGGAGCGGUACCUAUUUAUCUACUUGCACUUUGAAGUGCUUUCGAACUGCUAGGUGCACAGGAGCUGGGACCGAGCAACGGGAGCUCACCAUGUCAUGGGGAUUCGAACCGCCGACCUUCUUUAAAAAAAAAAUUAAAAAUUGAUUAACCGACCAAUCACAUCAAAUCAAACCAAAUUACAUUAAUUCCAAAUUACAAAGCCGAAUUUUAAUUUUUUGUUGGGGAUACCCAUAUUUCAAGUUCCGAAGGGGAUCCAAUCAUCUUCUUGCUGCUGCUUUAAUGUCCACAAAUCUGUCCAUAUGAUGUUCACAAUGCUAUCCAGUCCUUAUUGUUUUCCACAUCUCUUCUUGUUAUUCGCAUAUAUUUUUCCUUUCUCUUUGUGACCUCUGAUGCUCUCCAAAGCGGGUUAAGACAAAUUGUAAUCCUGUGUGGAUAUUUUUAUUCAUCCAAGAACCAUAUUCAGACGGUUUCCGUAUAUCAUCACUUCCAUAAAUAAAAACAGUCUUACCGUCAUUAAUCUUCACAGGUCUGUCGCCUUUCUCCAACCUUUGAGGAGGUUCGCCAGGAAUGCAGUCCGAAAACAAAUCCAUUCCUCCUCCCGGUUGUAAAUCCUUCGACAAAGCCUGCCAACAUGGCGACUGUUUUUAUUGCUGCGUCAUUCCAAAAGCUCUUGCUCUUUACUCAAUCUCCAUAAAACAUACUUUUGGUUAAAGUUCAUUUCCACACAGUCCUUAAACAUCCUGCUUAGAUCAGUUAACCGACGGUUCCAGCAUGAGGAGGGGUUCUUGGUUAAUCACAUAGAAGAGAGGAAAAAAAGUCCCCCCCCCAUCCAGUCCUGCUGCUGACAUACCCAGCCUUUGAUGUAUCUUCUCCAUGAAAUAUUCCUGUUGAUCCAACCCGUCGCUCUUCUUUCACAGAGGUCCCUUCAAUUAGCAGUCUUCACUCCCCUUCUUCACUUGAAAUAUGUCCAUUUGCUUCUUUCUAAUUGUUUAUUUCAAAUUGCUGCAGCUAGUGCGCGAUCAGAGACAGCGUCCAGGAGAGCCGGAGUCCACACGAGGGCAUUCUGCCUAGUGCCCUCACCCCCUUCUUUCGAAUCCAGGGGUGAUUUAUGGGCACAGCAGGCAAGGGCAGUGUUCCCCAUUCCCUUGGGGCAACAAGGGAGGCUGCCUACUCCCAUAACAGCCUCUUAAUUACCUCGUGUGGGCCGGAGAGAUGGUAUUGUCGGCCAUCUUCCAAUGCGCCCCUAGUGGUCCCCCGAACCGCCGACCUUCUGAUCAGCAAGUCCUAGGCUCCGUGGUUUAACCCACAGCGCCACCCGCGUCCCAUAAUUUUCUAUGAGAGGCAUUUUAAAAAGAAAAAGUACCUGCUGAGAGAGGCAGCAGUUUUUACACACUUAAUUUCACAUGUCCUAAAUCAUUCGCCUACAUUGGAUGUCCCUGGUGAGUUCCAGUAUCGUGAGAGAGAGAGAGAUUUUUCUCCAUCUGCUCUCUCCAUGCAAUACAGGAUUUUUACACGCUCCUAUCACCUCUUUUCUCUAAACAGAGAAGUCCCAAAAGUUGUGACAUUUCCUCCUUGGGGAGUUGCCGAAACCGCUCGAUCAUUUUGGUGGCUCUUUUCUGACCCUUUUCCAAUUCUACAGCAUCCGUUCUUAGGCGAGGCGACCAGAACUGCUCACGGUACGGCCAACGCAGUGGCACCAUAGAUUUGUAUAGCAAACGCUUUGGUCCCCAGUGGCACGUUCCUUCCUCUUUUUUUGCCCCCUCUGGGCUUUCCAUCCUCAACCCUGGUUGCAAAACUCUCCCGUCUCCUUUUUAAAUCGCAGAGAGGUUCAACCCGGUCUUCAUCGGUGACAACAGGUACGCAACGUGGAGAACGGGGCCCUACAACAGCGCGGCAUGGAAUCGAUACACCACGUACCUUCCACGGAUCCCUCGGGUAAGCCUCGUGACUCCGCGGAAAUCCGGGGUGGGGUGCAGAUGUGAAAGGAGGCCCCUGCUGUGGACAGGAACUGCCCCUGCGCACCUGGUAGCAGAGCGACAGAGGGCCAGGCUGCAGCGAAGUCACUCUUAAGCAAGGCAACUCUUUAGCAAGUAAUAUCCAAGGCAAUCACAUAAACAGAAACUCUGGAAGUCACAAAAUAUGCACUCUUAAUGGAUUCUCUAGAAAGCAUAAAACCAAAUAAAUAUGUCUUAUAACCACUGACUUAUGACUACUGCUCCAUAGCAAUUGUUGUUAUACCGUAUUUUUCGCUCCAUAAGAAGCACCUGACCAUAAGACACAGCUAGUUUUUAGAGGGGGAAUGCAAGGGGGGGAAAUUUUUUUAAGGGAGCGCUGAGCAGAACCUGUAUGCAUCCCAGGCUCUGCUCAGUGCUCCCUUUCACGAGCCACAUGGAGUGUGUAUGUGGCGCUUGCAAGCUUUUCGCCUCCUCAGGGAAAAGCCCCUAAGAGCCGCACACACGCUCCACGUGGCUCGUGAAAGGGAGCGCUGAGCAGAGCCUCCCGCCUGUAUUCGCUCCAUAAGACAUACACACAUUUCCCUUUACUUUUUAAGAAGGAAAACGUGCAUCUUAUGGAGCGAAAAAUACAGUACUUUUCCAUUCACCAUAUAGAUGGGUUUAUGAAGCAAUUCUGUAUCCUUCUGCUGUGCUGAAGAAGAAUUCCACGAAACAGGGGCUAUAUCCGGAAUCACUGUUCACAACGUCUGUUUGUGAACUACUUCGGCAGCGUUGGACGCCAUAAACAAAGCUUUGCAGCCUGUUUUCACCAGAUAAGAAUCUGAUACAUUGCUUCUUUCAGAGACUUGCAUAGUCUUCAAAGACUUUCAGAGCCUUAUAAGACUUGUUUAUUUGGUUUUAUGCUUUCUAGAGAAUCCAUAAAGAGUGCAUAUUUUGCGACUUCCACAGAUUCAGAAGUUUUCUGUUUAGGUGAUUUCAUAUAUUUCAUAUUAUAUAAAGAGUGUAUAUCAAUAUCGUAUCAUUGUAUUUGGUCAUCAUGUUGCCUUGGAUAUUACUGACUAUUGUUUGCAACACAGGGGUUAAAUGGUUUGGUUACUCUUAAGCAAAGCCAGUUCCACCAUCAGACAGAGCCGGGCAGCAGCCUUGGGCGGCAGCUGCUUGUGGUGAGGAAUUAUAGAGUUGGAAGGUACCCCAGAGGUCCUCUAGUCCACCCAUCUCCUGCAAUGCUCCGCUAAAGCGUCGCUGACAGAUGACCACCCAACCUUGGCUUAAAAACCUUCAAGGAAGGAGAGCCCAGCACCUUCUAAAGGAGUCUGUCCCACUGUCAGACAGCGUCCCCCAGCUUAAAUUUGUGCAGCUGGUUCUUCCGGCCUAAGCGUAGAACCUUACAUCGGUUCCUCGUGAAAUUCCUUUCGUCAGUUUGGGCCCGGUUCUCCCGCCUCCACGGAGCAUCGGGGAGGACACGGGGUCCCGAACUUGAGCAUUGCGCUGCAUCGUGCCAAAUGCAUGUGUCCCUGCAUAAAUCCCAGAGAAAUGAGAAACCAGAGGCCUUUCUCUUGGGCAUUGCCGGCCAAUUGGUAUCAAAGAAAGACAGAAAUUUUUUUAUGUAUGCUACGACAGCAGCAAGAAUACUCAUCGCAAAGUAUUGGAAGACAGAAGAACUACCCACCUUGGAAGAGUGGCAGAUGAAGGUUAUAGACUAUAUGACAUUGGCGGAGAUGACUGGCAGAAUCCGUGAGCAGGGGAAAGAGACGGUGGAAGAAGAUUGGAAGAAAUUUAAGAUCUAUCUAAAGAACUAUCAUAAAAUUGAGGAAUGUUAAAAUGUCGAGGUUUGGAGAAAGAAAAGGAGAUUACAGCGACAUAAGAUUAAGUUGAAGAAAAAAAAAGAAUAAGAAAAAUAUAUUUGAUAAAAUUAUUUAGAAUUUGCUGAAAUAAUUUUGGGAAUUGGGGUGUAGGAAGGGGAGGUCUGGGGGAGUCCGAGAAGAGAGGGUUAUGAAAAAAAAGGUUAUGAAAUUAUACAUGUUUGUAUGUCUUUUUAUUUGUUUGUAUUGUAUAAAACUUGUUUGUAAAAUCAAUAAAAAAAUUAUAUAUAAAAAAAAAAUAAAUCCCAGAGAAAUGGGCUCACGCUGUUGCAAUCUUUCCUUGCAGGAGGCUGGGUUAGAGUCGAUCCUUCGCGGGAUGCCCAUGCAGUACCCUCCGAAACCUGAGCGUCUCAACAAUUAUGGUAACUCCUCUGCGAUCUUGCACGUCCUGCCUGGUUUAGGAACAUAGUAAAGGUAAAGGGACCCCUGACCAUUGGGUCCAGUCGUGGCCGAGACUGGGGUUGCUGCGCUCAUCUCGCCUUAUUGGCCGAGGGAGCUGGCGUACAGUUUCCGGGUCAUGUGGCCAGCAUGACUAAGCCACUUCUGGUGAACCAGAGCAGAGCACGGAAACGCCAUUUACCUUACUGCCAGAGUGGUACCUAUUUAUCUACUUGCACUUUGACGUGCUUUUGAACUGCUAGGUUGGCAGGAGCAGGGACCGAGCAAUGGGAGCUCACCCCGUCGCGGGGAUUCGAACCACUGACCUUCUGAUCGGCAAGCCCUAGGCUUUGUGGUUUAACCCACAGCACCACCCGUGUCCCUGUUUAGGAACAUAGGAACAUGCUUUAUACUGAACCAAUGCUGUCCGUCUGCACUGAUGGACAGAGGCUCUCCAGGGUUUCAGGCAGGAAGUCUUUCCUAGCCCUGCCCAGAAAGACUGGGUAUUGAACCCACAACCUUCUGCAUACAGAGCUAAAUAGUCUAAAUAGCUAUGGCCCUUCCCUUAGUUUGCGCACGUCAUCCUGCAGGUCUCUUAGUUACCCAUCACUGUCCUUAAAGCCCAUCUGAUCCAUCAUUCUCUGUCCAGCCACAAGAUGCUUUUGGGUAGCGGGGUCAUAAAGACCAGCAGCUCAUCUUUUGAGAGUAUACUGCCUCUCAACCUGGAGAUUCUGUUUAACUGUCUUGGCCUAACAGCCAUCAGGGAGUUUUAUCAUCUGUCAGCUUGGAUAACAAUCCCUUUUAAAGGCACCUAGCUAGCAGCUAUCAUCAUCACAAGCAAUUAUUGGGAAUGCCCUCAGUUUAAAUUGAGCUGUGAUUCCUACAUUGCGGGGGGUUGGUCUAGAUGGCCCACGGGGUCCCUUCCAAUUCUGCAAUUCUAUGCACUGCGAGAAAAGCGGCUUCCUUUUCUCUGUUGCCCUGAAACAACUGAUUUACUUGGCUGGCUGGCUGGCAUCCUGCAUCCGAGUGUCCACUUCACUGUCAUCAUCAUAAUUUGUUAUUUGUACCCUGCACACCUGGUUGGGUUUCCCCAGUCACUCUGGGCGGCUUCCAACAAAGAUGAAAAAUACAUUAAAAUGUCACACAUUAGAUACUUCCCUGAACAGGGCUGCCUUCAGAUGUCUUCUAAAUGUCAGGUAGUUGUUUAUCUCUUUGACAUCUGAUGGGAGUGUGUUCCACAGGGCGGGCGCCACCACCGAGAAGGCCCUCUGCCUGGUGUUGUGACGUGGGGUUUGUGAUUUCAGCUCUCCUGAUAUAACAUGCUGGAGACAGUUCUCUAGUAACAAUUCUUUAUUAAAGCAACAAGACUGAAGACUGGGGAGAGGAAAGCUACAUUUAUAGGGACAGGGAACUAGCAAGAAAGGAUACAUUUUGGAGGGAACAAUAUCAGGCAAUCACAGUCCUGCCUUUUGGAGGGAACCAAUAAGACAGAGGAUCCAAAUACAGCAGCUUAAAUGAACCAAUAGUAGCUGUACCCUCUGGAACCAAAAGGCAGUUACUUUACCCUAAUGCAAAUACAGACAAUAAUAAUGCAGAUAUAAAAUCCUUUGACUCAAUACACAACACCCCUUCCCCCCUAGUGAGCACAGCAAACGUAAUCUCUCAGGUACUGUGGGGGCCUACAACUUCUACUUGAUCUCCUGACAACAGGUGUUGCAGGUUCUGGAUUGGGUGUUACCUGUGGUAGAGGGGCUGCUCUAGGGGUUUCGUCAGGAACAGAUGGAGUCCCCGACAUCUCAGGGUCCCCUAUCGGUACCUCGUCAUUGUGAGGACUAGCAGACCCUGGUUCAUUUGUUAAAGCCCCUGGUGCUUGCACCUCUGGGCCAUUUUCACUCUGGUCUUGCGGCUCUGCGUCGUUAGCCUGGGAUGAAUUAUCUGGCUCCUCCCUGCUGAGCGCCCGGCGCCUCAGCUGAUCUAUAUGUCUCUUCCACACUUGCCCAUUUUCCAAGGUCACAUAAUAGGACACAGGUCCACUAGCCCGGGUGACCACACCAGCCACCCACCGCGAACCUCGUGAAUAGUUCCUCACCCAGACCAGAUCUUCAGGGGCGAGAUACCUUGUUGUGUCAGUCUCAGCCUGGGGGGUUGCUCUUGAAUUAUGGUUUGGCAUUUUAUCCGGGUGGACAUAAUCCAGCACCGUUACCAGUCUCCUACCCAAGAGCAGCUCAGCUGGCGACUUGCCCGUUGCGGUACACGGCGUCGCAUGCUGCAAAAAUAACAUUCGCGCGAUGCGAGCUGACCAGUUACCCUCCAUUAAGCGCGCAAUGGAUUCUUUGGCUGUUCUUACCAUGCGCUCAGCCUGCCCAUUGGAGGAUGGGUGAAAGGGCGCGGAUGUGACCCCUCUUAUGAAGUUAUCAGCCAAGAAUGCCCUGAAUUCUUGGGAUACAAAAGCUGCCCCAUUAUCUGAUACAAUGGUCUCAGGUAACCCGUGGGUUGCAAACAGCUGCCUCAACACCUUGAUGACGGCAGCUGAUGCCAUGCUAGGGACCAUCGCCACUUCUAACCAUUUGGAAUAUGCAUCAACGAUAACCAAAAAGACCUUUCCUUGGAAUGGCCCAGCAAAAUCUAAGUGCAGCCGGCUCCAGGGAGAUCUGGACUGCUCCCACCAGUGGACUGGUGCUCUGGCCACUUCUGGCCGCACCUCUUGGCAUGCCUUGCAUGUUCGUACCCAUUGUUCUAUGUUCUGGUCCAUUCCAGGCCACCACACAUAACAUCGGGCUAGCGACUUCAUCCUGACCAUUCCCGGGUGUCCCAUGUGAAGCGUCUCAAGAACCCUGUUUCUCAGUGGUGCUGGGAUGAUGACCCUAUCUCCCCACAGGAGACAACCCUUAUGCAUGGACAACUCGUGCUGCCUAGUCGCAUAAGGCCUGAAUUUGUCUUCAUGCGGACCACCUGGCCACCCCUCCCCCCCCAAGUGAGCACACGGGAGAGAACAGCAUCUUUCCUCGUUUUCUCAGCUAUAUCAGUAGCCGUUACAGGAGCCCCGGAAGUGUUUCCAGCAUCAUUAUGUGCUCCGCUGGAGCAGGAUCCUCAGUGCUCCCGCCAGGAAGGGGCAAUCGACUCAGCGCAUCCGCGUGGCACAACCGUUUCCCGGGCACAUGGGUCAAGGUGUACUGGAACCCGUUCAGGAAUAUAGACCAACGUAACAUUCUGGGGGAGAGAAUUUGUGGCGUUUGUUUGUUCGGGUUGAACAACCCUAACAGUGGCUUGUGGUCCGUUUCAAUGUAGAAAUGGCGACCGUACACAUAAUCAUGGAACUUUUUGAUUCCUGCCACAAUUGCAAGCGCCUCUUUGUCAAUUUGAGCAUAGUUGCGCUCCGUGGGCGACAACGUACGGGAAUAGAAAGAGAUGGGCUUUUCCGACCCAUCCGGUUCCCUAUGACUUAGCACCACCCCCAGGCCGUAUUGAGAGGCAUCACAUGCCAGGACCAGAGGCUUUGACUCGUCAUAAUGAGCAAGGACACUCCUGCUACUCAGCAUUCCUCGCAAGGAGUCAAAAGCCUUCUGCUGCCCCUGCCCCCAUCGCCACACAGUCUUUUUCUGCAACAGUCUAUGUAAUGGUUCAGCUACCGAAGCUUUCUGGGGUAAGAACGAAUGAUAAAAGCUAAUAAGUCCCAGGAAUGACUGCAACUCCGUCUUGUUCUGUGGUCGUGGCGCCUCGAUGAUGGCCUUAAUCUUAGCAUCUGUGGGGUGGAUGCCUGAUGCAUCAAUUUUAAACCCCAAGAAAUCCACAGUUGGCACCCCAAAACUGCAUUUUUCCUUUUCCAGUUGCAACCCCACCUCCUUGAACUUGAGCAACACUGCACGAACACGCGCAACCAGUUCCUGUGGGUCUUUUCCAGCAAUCAAAACGUCAUCAAAAAUGGCAAGACCCCGGCAGACCUCUUAACAGGUGUUCCAUGAGCCCUUGAAAAAUCCCUGGGGCCACACAAACUCCAAAUUGUAAUCUGUUAACUCUGAACGCCCCUUUAUGUGUGACAAUAGUCUGUGCUUCCGCUGAUUGUGGGGUUACUGGCAGCUGUUGGUAGGCUUGUGCCAGGUCAAUUUUGGCGAACACCUUGCCCCCAGCCAGUUUAGCCAACAGAUGUGAUACGACUGGAAUGGGGUAUGAGUUUCCCCUGAGUGCCUUAUUGAUAGUACAUUUGUAAUCUGCACAGAUCCUGACUUCCCCAUUUGCUUUAAGGGGCGUGACGAUUGGAGUCUCCCACUUAGCAGAGUCCACGGGUGAGAGAACUCCCUGCUUGACCAAUUUAUCCAGCUCUGCUUCGAUCUUGGGUUGCAGUGCAAAUGGCACUCGCCUUGGUUUGAGUCGGAUUGGGGCCACCCCAGGGUCCAACUCGAAGUCAACUGGGGGCCCUUUAUAACAACCCAGUUUUCCAUUAAAGAGACCAGCAAAUUCUUUGCAUAAUGCCUCGCUCAUCUCAGGGCAGGUUUGGAUUGAAUUAAGCCCUGAUAUACUCAGUCCCAGGGCGGGGAACCAGUCAGUGCCCAGGAGACUGGGGCGACUGCCCUUCGCAAUCACCAGUUUGAGUACAGCCUGUUUGUCCCGGAACUGUACUCUCACGGCACACAUUCCCAUAACAUGGAUGCGGCCCGCUGAGUAUGACUGCAAGGUUGCCGGGAAGGGUUCCAGAGGGGGCAACUUACCCCUGGGGAAGAAUGUCCUCGCGGUCUGGUCCGACACGAUAGUGAAUCCAGAUCCGGAGUCCACCUCCAUGUCGCACUGCUGACCCUCAAUCUUCACCUUGACGUGUGCCUUGCCUUGUGCUGGGAACUGCACGACCCUCCCGUUGAUCUCCGUAACGUAGUGGCAGUCCUUUAGAAAAUGGGUUGCUGCGGGCGGUCUGCGAUGCUCCGGUCUAGGUGCUCCUGUCGCUCCCAACGCCGCCGAUCUACAGACUCUGGCGAUGUGACCUGUCUUCCCGCACGUCCGGCACAUAGCAUCCCGGAAACGACAACUCUUCCGCUCAUGGUUUCCGCCACAACCUGGGCACCUGCCUCGGUGAUCUUUGUGCACUGUGCAGGCCUGACUCACUGACUCGACCCCACGGACUGGGCUCUGGCUCGGAGUAGCCUCUAGCUCGUCCAUGGCAUGCGCAACUUCUAUCUGUGGCUUAGGGGCCUUGCGACUGGCAUCAAGCUCCUCUCUUUCAUAAUUCUCCGUGGCGGUGGCCUCCUUCAAGGCUGAAGCAAGGGUAACCUCUUCUUUAGCCACGAUGCGUCUUCUGGCCUUCUUGCUGCUCAGACCACCGAUAAACCGAUCCAGGAGAGUCUCUUCCAGAUUUUGGAAGUCGCAGUGCUGAGCGAGCUUCCGCAGUUCAGCCAGAAAUGCAGAUACAGACUCCCAGCAUGCUGCUGCCUCUUAUGAAACUCCAUCCGCCGAGCCAUCUUGGUCUCAGUAGGCGCCAAGUGGCUUGUUAGGCAGGCAAGAAUAUCUUUGAGAGAUGUCUCACUUAGCUUCGCUGGAGCAAGCAAUGCCUUGGCCAGCUUGAAGGUCUCAGGCCCACAGUAGCUCAGGAAUGUGGCCCUUCUUUUGCUGGCAUCGGUGAUCCCUUGAGCCUCUGCGAAGAACUCGAAGCGUUCGACGUAGUCUUCCCACGUGUCGGGCUCUGAUGGCUGGAAGGCCUCCAAUACCCUUGGACUCUCCAUUGUCCUGUGGCAGGGUCGUCUUCUCAGCUGGUCAGUGAGUCUUGUUCUUAGCUGCAAUCCGGACUCUGAGGCAGGGCUGCGUUUAACCGCUCCUCAGCAUUCCGGAUCCCAUCCUCGUCGCCAGUUGUUGUGACGUGGGGUUUGUGAUUUCAGCUCUCCUGAUAUAACAUGCUGGAGACAGUUCUCUAGUAACAAUUCUUUAUUAAAGCAACAAGACUGAAGACUGGGGAGAGGAAAGCUACAUUUAUAGGGACAGGGAACUAGCAAGAAAGGAUACAUUUUGGAGGGAACAAUAUCAGGCAAUCACAGUCCUGCCUUUUGGAGGGAACCAAUAAGACAGAGGAUCCAAAUACAGCAGCUUAAAUGAACCAAUAGUAGCUGUACCCUCUGGAACCAAAAGGCAGUUACUUUACCCUAAUGCAAAUACAGACAAUAAUAAUGCAGAUAUAAAAUCCUUUGACUCAAUACACAACACCUGGUUCCCUGUAACCUCACUUCUCGCAAUGAGGGAACCGCCAGAAGGCCCUCGGCGCUGGAACUCAGUGUCCGGGCUGAACGAUGGGGGUGGAGACGCUCCUUCAGGUAUACUGGGCCGAGGCUGUUUAGGGCUUUAAAGGUCAACACCAACACUUUGAAUUGUGCUCAGAAACGUACUGGGAGCCAAUGGAGGUCUUUCAAGACCGGUGUUAUGUGGUCCCAGCGGCUGCCCCCAGUCACCAGUCUAGGUGCCGCAUUCAGGAUUAGUUGUAGUUUCCGGGUCACCUUCAAAGGUAGCCCCACAUAGAGCGCAUUGCAGUAGUCCAAGCAGGAGAUAACUACAGCAUGCACCACUCUGGCGAGACAGUCUGUGGGCAGGUAGGGUCUCAGCCCUCAUACCAGAUGAAGCUGGUAAACAGCUGCCCUGGACACAGAACUGACCUGUGCCUCCAUGGUCAGCUGUGAGUCCAGAAUGACUCCCAGGCUGCACACCUGGUCCUUCAGGGGCACAGUUGCCCCAUUCAGGACCAGGGAGUCCUCCACACCAUCCCGCCCCCUGUUCCCCAAGAACAGUCCUUCUGUCUUGUCAGGAUUCAGCCUCAAUCCAUUAGCCACCAUCCAUCCUCCAACCGCCUCCAGACACUCACACAUAAAACUCCCUCCUAGUUUUCCAGGGACACAAGCUCUCUUCUCUCUUUCUUCCCCUCCCAUUUUCUUCAGAACGGGAAGUGGUGGUGAACAUGUUGAACAGCUUGUCUCGGAAGCAGCUUCCAUCCAUACAGCACCGUUACACCAUCCCGGGAAGGAUGCCUUAUCAGGGCUACUACAGCCCCUGCACGGGACGCCAUUACUGCUUGCGAGGGAUGGACUACUACGUCGACGGGGCGCCCACCAACGAGCGACAGAUCAGCCAGCUAGUUGAGAAGAUUGUAAGGUUCGGAGGGUUUUGCAGACCACACCCCAACUCCUCCCCCUCAGGGCUCUUGUGGGGGGGGGGCUUGGAAAGGGGGGCAUAGAAAAGACUCUGUGCUGGGCCCGGGGGUAACCUGAGCAACACGGUCCAGGUCUGGUCCCAAAGCCAAGGGUCCCACGACAGGGCCAAGGCAAGAAACCAGGCAAGGUCAGGCACAGGAUCACAGGCAGGAUUUGGCAAACAGCAACGUUGCUCCCGCAACCUGGGGCAUGGUCCGACAGCCUUUUAUCUUUGUAGGGGUAGCGGCCGGUCCUGGUCCCCUGGCGACUCACCUCCCUGUUUCGCCCGAAGGUGAGCACUCCUCCUGCGAGUACUCAGGUCUCUCCUUCUCUCAGACCUGAGUCUCUGCAGCUGGGGAGACGUCGGUGGGUUACUAGACCCAGGGGCCGCCUCAGCCUCCCCUGACCCAACCGGUAGUGGAGCAGCUGUAAGUGAUGGCCCAGCUGGAGGCAACAAGGUCAUCCCCGCAUCUGGAGCCAGGGCAGGCUCAGGCCCCUGACUCGGCCCAUCUGGUGCUUGUUGCAGGGGAACCUGUGCAGACUGGGGCUCUUCAGGAUCAGGCCCCAGACUAGGUUCAGCUGCCGCCUGAGGCAAAGGAUCCGGUGCGGACUGAGACUCCUCCGGCUCCGAGUUCGAGCCCAAGUCCCAGGCCAGCACAGACUCUGCCAUAAGCUCCUCAUUGGAACAUACACACAGGGUGCACACUGCAAGGUGUCCUCAUGUGGGGUGGGUUUUAAUAGGUAGGAGAGAAUAAAUGAAUUGCGAUUCAUCUCCCCAGGUGCCCACAUGUUUGUGUUGAAUGGAUAGAACAUCAGCUCACUGCUUGCAUUUAAAUGUGAGGCUGAGUUGAAAAUCCCAUCCUUAGCAGCAAAUUAAAAGCAUAUGAAUUAGGCUGCAAAGCCUUCUUUUGAACAAGUCCAACUGCGGAGCAAGCUGGUUCCCCCUUUUCUUGCGCCACUUAACAAAGAAUCAGAUAGCAGGCUGAGAAGUAAGUUUAAAAUGGAGUUUAGCUAUGUACUGGGUUGUCAGCAACCGCAGCAGUAAAAAUUUGCAGGUAAAAUACUUGCAUUUGCAGAAGGAAUAGCCUCAGGCAUGCAUGUGUGUGAGCUGGAGCAGUUAGACUAAUAAUAAUAAUUUAUUAUUUGUACCCCGCCCAUCUGCCACUCUGGGCAGCUUCCAACAAAGAUUAAAAAUACAUUAAAAUGUCACACAUUAAAAACUUCCCUGAAUAUGUCUGCUCCAAGCACUGGUCGAAGAGAGGGAGGGAGGGGGAACAGGAAAUACUAUUAUGUUCCUUUUCCCUCCUGUCCUGAGGGGGAAAUGACCUCACACAGAGCCCUCUCUACCAAUUACAUGUCUAUGGCUUGAGUCUUCCUAUCAGCAACGCAGCUCUGUGGUCUUAACUCUUCCUCAUGCUAACUGGCAAGAAUAUGCAUUGUUAGAUUUGGCUGCUAAUCUCCCACAAACCCCUUCUCGGGCAAAUACAGCAAUUGCAUGCACACUUUUAUUAAAGCACCCAAAGUCCCAUCUUUGAUUCAAAGGUUUUCAAAACUAUCUCUCGGUCGAGGUUUGGUGAAGAUUGCAGCGGUCAUCUCUUUGGCAAUACAGUGGUACCUCUGGUUGCAAACGGGAUCCGUUCCAGAGUCCCGUUCGCAACAUGAGCAGAACGCACCCCGUGUCUGUGCGUGCAUGGGUCGCGAUUUGCCGCGUCUGUGCAUGCACGUGACGUCAUUUUGAGCGUCUGCACAUGCGCGAGCCGCGAAACCUGGAAGUAACCCUUUCCAGUACUUCUGGGUUGCCACGGGAUGCAACCUCAAAACGUGCAACCUGAAGCAAACGCAACACGAGGUAUGAUUGUAGGCCAAUUCAACUAGGCCAUUGCGCAGGCAGCGGUACUCACCCUGACCCCGACCCCGACCCCGACCCCCUGAUGUGCUUGGUUUUCCCUUGAACUUCUCGCUCUGCAAUACCUUUGGAAAAGCUCUGCUUGUCUUUCAUCUGUCAAAUAGGUUUCUCCUGCACCAACCCCAAAUCCAUAGUCCGCCAGGCCAGCUCUCUGCAUGCUCAGUCGCAGCUACAUACACUGACUCUGUGAAAGACAAAGCUACACAUCCUUCUUUAUAACUGCCGUAAGAAAGGGAACCAUUUCCAAACAUAAAGACAUACCCACCUGGUUCCCUUGUAAUCUUUAGCGCCUCCAGCCUGGUCAGCAACCGGUCAGCCUAACAGUUCAUAGUCAAGGUAAAGGGACCCCUGACCAUUAGGUCCAGUUGUGGCCAACUCUGGGGUUGCGGCGCUCAUCUUGCUUUAUUGGCCGAGGGAGCCGGCGUACAGCUUCCGGGUCAUGUGGCCAGCAUGACUAAGCCGCUUCUGGCGAACCAGAGCAGCACACGGAAACGCCGUUUACCCUCCCACCGGAGCAGUACCUAUUUAUCUACCUGCACUUUGACGUGCUUUCGAACUACUAGGUUGGCAGGAGCAGGGACCGAGCAACGGGAGCUCACCCCAUCGCGGGGAUUCGAACCGCUGACCUUCUGAUCAGCAAGCUGUGGUUUAACCCACAGUGCUGUGCUCCUCUUUCUUUUCUUUUUUUUAAAGAUAUUUAUUAAAGUUUCAGCAUAUUACAAAAAUAAGAGAAAAAAGUAAAAGAAAAGAAAAAAAACAUAAAUGAAAAUACAAAAUAAAAACAGUAAAAAACAAAUCAGUCUUUCCAUAUCUUAUCUUUCAUUUGCUUGUUAAUUCAACAAAUCCUUUCCCUCUUUGAUUUUAUCUUAAUCUUUUAUCUUAAUAUAUUAUAACUUUAGGUUAUCACCUGUUAACAUCCAUUUUUACAUAUUCCUUUAUAAUAUUGCUGCUAAAAACCACUUAACUUCAAUCCAACAUCAUUCUGACAUUCAUUAAUUUUGCAGUAUUUCUGUAGAUAGUCUUUAAAUUUCUUCCAAUCUUCUUCCACCGACUCUUCUCCCUGGUCUCGGAUUCUGCCAGUCAUUUCCGCCAGUUCCAUGUAGUCCAUCACCUUCAUCUGCCAUUCUUCCAGAGUGGGUAAAUCUUGUGUCUUCCAAUAUUUUGCAAUAAGUAUCCUUGCUGCUGUUGUAGCAUACAUAAAGAAAGUUCUAUCCUUCUUUAACACCAAUUGGCCAACCAUGCCCAGGAGAAAGGCCUCUGGUUUCUUCAGAAAGGUAUAUUUAAAUACCUUUUUCAUUUCAUUAUAAAUCAUCUCCCAGAAAGCCUUAAUCCUUGGGCCCGUCCACCAAAGGUGAAAGAAUGUACCUUCAGUUUCUUUACAUUUCCAACAUUUAUUAUCGGGCAAAUGAUAGAUUUUUGCAAGCUUGACUGGUGUCAUGUACCACCUGUACAGUGGUGCCUCGCAAGACGAAAUUAAUUCGUUCCGCGAGUUUUUUCGUCUAGCGAAUUUUUCGUCUUGCGAAGCACGAAAUCCCAUAGGAAUGCAUUGAAAUUCAAUUAAUGCGUUCCUAUGGUCAAAAAAAGUCCAAUCAAAGCCAAAUUCGGUACAACAAGAGUUUAUUAACUGCUCUUUAAAGUCACACAUACUUUAAAGAGCAUAUCAAAAAUUGAAGGAACAAUAAAUUAAGUUUCUAAACAUGACAGGAAAAACAUUUAAAAAUCAAAACAGGGUACAUUACAUUUUCUAAGACUCUGGGGGACCACUCGAAGAAGGUUCCUCUUCCACUCUUUGCUUCUUGCUGAGGAACCUGUCCAUGGUCUGCUGCUUCAUCCGCCGUUUCAGCAGCUCCCUGAGAGGCGACAUGACCGUCGUAUCAAAAAUGUUCGCUUGGUCAUGUGCCACGUGCUUGUCAGGGUGGUGCCGCUCUGCAAAGCCUGCACCACAUUCCACUUCUGGCAAAUGUCCCUCAGUUCUUUGGAGGACAGCCGUUCCUCAGUUGCUUCCUCCUCUUCCAGCAAGGCCUGCUCCUGCGCAACCUCUGACUGCAGUUCAACCAGCUCCUGGGUGGUCAGCUCGUGGUCGUGCUCCUCCACCAGCUCGCAAACGUCCUCCUCUGUGACCUCCAGGCCCAUGGUCCUCCCCAAGGCAACAAUGUCCUGCACCACUGUCGACUCUGGUGCAUCAGAGUCACUUGGUGCCACACAGUCCGGCCACAGGCUGCGCCAAGCGCAAUUCAAAUUCCUCUGGCUGAUCCCCUUCCAGGCCGUGGUGAUCAUCUUCAAGCAGGUGACGAUGUCGAAGUGGUCCUUCCAGAAUUCCCGCAGGGUGAUGGUGGUGCAAUCAGUCACCUCGAAGCAUCGCCUGAAAAGCUCCUUGGUGUAGAGUUUCUUGAAAUUGGCGAUGACCUGCUGAUCCAUCGGCUGGAGCAGUGGCGUGGUGUUAGGCGGCAGGAACAUGAUGUUGAUGAAGCUGAACUCCUCCAACAAGUCCACCUCAAGGCCUUUAGGAUGAGCAGGAGCAUUGUCCAUCAGAAGCAAAGCCUUCAGCGGCAGGUCAUUGUCCAGCAGGUACUGUUUGACAGCAGGGCCAAAGGCAAGAUUGACCCAGUCCACAAACAGCACACGUGUGACCCAAGCCUUGCUGUUGGAUCGCCACAUGACACUCAGCCGCUCCUUGUCGACCUUGUGUUUCUUGAAGGCCCGUGGGUUCUCCGAGUGGUACACCAGCAGGGGCUUGAUCUUCAGGUCGCCGCUUGCGUUGGCACAGAAGAGCAGGGUCAGACGGUCCUUCAUGGGCUUGUGGCCAGGCAACUUGGCCUCCUCCUGUGUGAUGAAAGUCCUUUUGGGCAUCCUCUUCCAAAACAGCCCGGUCUCGUCGCAGUUGAAGACCUGCUGUGGAACGUAGCCCUCCGUCUUCACAACCUCCAGGAACUCCAAGGCAAAGUCUUCAGCCGCAGGAACAUCAGAACUGGCAGCCUCUCCAUGCCUGACCACGCUGUGGAUUCCGGAUCUUGCCUUGAACCGGUCAAACCAGCCUCUGCUUGCCUUGAAGACUUCUGGCUCGGCCGAGGUUCCUGGCUGUUCCCGGAUGAGGUCUGCGUGCAAGGCCUUGGCCUUCUCACAAAUCACGGCCUCAGUCACUGUGUCCCCUGCGCGCUGCUUCUCUUCUAUCCAGAUGAGGAGCAACUUCUCAACCUCCUCCAGAACAGCUGGGCGGUUCUUCACGAUCCUGGUGACUCCCUUGGCUGCAUCAGUCGCAAGGAUCUUCUCCCUCAUCUUCAGGAUGGUGCCGAUGGUCGAUGGGUUCCUGCCGUACUCCCUGGCGAGGUCCGUCACACGCAUUCCACCGUCGUGCUUCCGGAUGAUCUCCUUCUUCAUCUCCAGCGUCACCUUCUCCUUCUUCCUCUCGCCGGCCUCCGCAGCAGCAGCAGUCUUCUUGGGUCCCAUGGCAGCACAGCUGUUACCUUUGUAAAACUCAGAAAAAGAAAAAAAAAAAUCAGCAAUUCAAACCCACAACCAAGUCCUUGAAUUCCAAACACCCAACCCAAAAUCCAAAAACCCCAAAAAAAAGUUUUAAAAGUUUAACUUACGAAAUGGCUGCAAAUCACCAAAGUCUUCAAAAUCCUCAAAUGGCUGCAAAAGAAAUUUUGGGAAAGCUUUAAAAAUCACCAAAGUCUUCAAAAACCUCAACUGUUCCCCAGCCCCUCCCCAACUGUUGCAAACCCUCCCCAACUGUUGCAAACCCCUCCUCAACUGUUCCCCAGCCACCCAGCACACAGAAAUUCAAAACCCAGAAAAUUUUUCAAAAAAAACAACAUGGCCCAAUUGUGACAGAAAACCAUAAAAAUUCAAAAAAAAAACACACAAGCUCCCAGAUUCCUGCAAACCCCUCCUCAACUGUUCCCCCAGCCACCCAGCACACAGAAAUUCAAAACCCAGAAAAUUUUUCAAAAAAAAACAACAUGGCCCAAUGGUCACAAAAAAUCAUAAAAAUUCAAAAAAAGCCCACAAGCUCCCAGAUUCUUGCAAACCCCUCAGCUGUUCCCCCAGCCACCCAGCACACAGAAAUUUAAAACCCAGAAACUUUUUCAAAAAAAACAACAUGGCCCAAUGGUCACAGAAAAUCAUAAAAAUUCAAAAAAAGCACACAAGCUCCCAGAUUCUUGCAAACACCUCCCCAGCUGUUCCCCCAUCCACCCAGCACACAGAAAUUUAAAACCCAGAAACUUUUUUCAAAAAAAAAAUCAUAAAAAUUCAAAAAAAAGCACACAAGCUCCCAGAUUCUUGCAAACACCUCCCCAGCUGUUCCCCAAUCCACCCACCACACAGAAAUUCAAACCCAGAAACUUUUUUCAAAAAAAACCAACAUGGCCCAAUGGUCACAAAAAUCAUAAAAAUUCAAAAAAAAGCACACAAGCUCCCAGAUUCUUGCAAACACCUCCCCAGCUGUUCCCCCAUCCACCCAGCACACAGAAAUUUAAAACCCAGAAACUUUUUUCAAAAAAAACAACAUGGCCCAAUGGUCACAAAAAUCAUAAAAAUUCAAAAAAAGCACACAAGCUCCCAGAUUCUUGCAAACCCCUCCUCAGCUGUUCCCCAGCCACCCAGCACACAGAAAUUUAAAACCCAGAAACUUUUUUCAAAAAAAACAACAUGGCCCAAUGGUCACAAAAAUCAUAAAAAUUCAAAAAAAGCACACAAGCUCCCAGAUUCUUGCAAACACCUCCCCAGUUGUUCCCCCAUCCACCCAGCACACAGAAAUUUAAAACCCAGAAACUUUUUUCAAAAAAACAACAUGGCCCAAUGGUCACAAAAAUCAUAAAAAUUCAAAAAAGCACACAAGCUCCCAGAUUCUUGCAAACACCUCCCCAGCUGUUCCCCAUCCACCCAGCACACAGAAAUUCAAAAAUUCAAAGCCAGAUUUUUUUAAAAAAAAUAAACAUGGCCCAAUGGUCACAGAAAAUCAUAAAAAUGCAGAAAAAAACCACACAAGCUCCCAGAUUCUUGCAAACCUCUCCCCAACACCAAGUCCUUGAAUUCUAAACACCCCAACCCAAAAUCCCAAAAACCCAAAAAAAGUUUUAAAAGUUCAACUUACCAAACAGCUGUAGAAGAAGUUUUGGAAAAGCUUCAAAAUCCAGCAAACUCUUUAAAAAGCUCAGAAAGGCCACCACACCGCGUGCAAUGUGUUGCUCCUCGAGGUCAAGUCGCAACUGCACCUCUUCCAGCAAUGCACCCUGGGUUUUAACGGUUUUACGAAAAGGAAACAAACUUGCAAGACGUUUCGUCUUGCGAAGCAAGCCCAUAGGGACAUUCGUCUUAUGAGCAACUCGAAAACGAAAAAACCUUUCGUCUUGCGAGUUUUUCGUCUUGCGAGGCGUUCGUCUUGCGGGGCACCACUGUAUAUCAUUUUCAUAAUAUUCUCUCUUAAGGCAUUACAUGCCGUAAACUUCAUACGCUGUGCUCCUCUUUUUAUGAGGGCUCGAUCCAUCUCAGUGGGAGCACUUCCUUUCCUGCUUAGAAUUCCCACUGCAUUUGCAAUGUCUGGUCUCAUUGUCGUGGUAAGGUGCAAAUGUUUCCCUAUUGUUGACCUGCACUGGUUGUGGUCAGGCAAGAGCUUUGAUUCAUGUUUGCUCUCCAGGAAAUCGACGGUCAUUGGUGUGGCUACUGUGUUGGCUUCUCGCAGCUUCAGGCUGUCAAGCAAUUCAGCAACUUUCUUCCUUUGGCUUAGAAGAUAAGAUCCAUCCUCCUAAAUUUCAAUUCUGACACCCCAAUAGUGGGAGCCACUUCCUAGUUCUUUCACCUCCACUUUUUUGCCUAAUAAUAAUAAUAAUAAUAAUAAUAAUAAUAAUUUAUUAUUCGUAUCCUGCCCAUCUUGCUGGGUUUCCCCAGCCACUCUGGGCGGCUUCCAACAAAGAUUAAAAAUACAUUAAAAUGUCACACAUUAAAAACUUCCCUGAACAGGGCUGCCUUCAGAUGUCUUCUAAAUGUCAGGUAGUUGUUUAUCUCUUUGACAUCUGAUGGGAGGGAGUUCCACAGGGCAGGCGCCACCACCAAGAAGUCCCUCUGCCUGGUUCCCUGUAACCUCACUUCUCACAGCGAGGGAACCGCCAGAAGGCCCUCAGAGCUGGACCUCAGUGUCUUAGCUGAACGAUGGGGGUGGAGAUGCUCCUUCAGGUAUACAGGACUAAGGCCGUUUAGGGCUUUAAAGGUCAGCCCCAACACUUUGAAUUGUGCUCGGAAAUGUACUGGGAGCCAAUGUAGUUCUUUCAGGACCUAAGUGUCUUAAGUGGCCAGCAGCCAGGGAGGGAGGGGUCAAUUAGCCAUGAUUGUUAAUUAACCAUGAUUGUUAAGUGGAACCUCCAUGUGCAAAAGCAGAGUACCUCUACUGGGAACCAAAAACAACACACACACCCAACACAUUAGGAAAUGGUCAUCAACUUUGCGCCCUGGCUGUGAGAAGCUGCUGACCACUCUUGGGCACAGAACACUGGGCUGGUUGGGUCUUGGUCUGAUCCUGCAAUGCAGCUCUUCUCUAGUGUCCUGCUUUCCCCUCCAAGUUCUUCCCCAUGGCUCUAGCUCUGAUCCACCCGCUGAGAUGCCAGCCAAGGUCUCCUGUAGCCCUUUAAUGGCAACCUCUCUCUUUCCCCCACUGCCAUUCCAGGAAUUUCCCGUACUACGACCACCACCACGAGAUGACUCUUUGUGCACGAAUGCCCGACCUGCCGCCUGGCUUCCCGUAUAUGAACCUUAGGUAAGGAACCCAAACAGGUUUGGCGACGGGAAGGAGCUGGGCUGGGGAAGCGGGGUUGCUCACAAGGGAUGUGUGUUGCCUGGGGACCGUUCCCGGAGAUCAAACCUGGUGAACAGCUUUUCCCCAAGGAUAGCUUGGUUGCCAGCGAACCAGCUUCUAAUUUUAUUUAUACCCCGCCCUCCCCAGCCAGAGCCGGGCUCAGGGUGGCUAACACCAAUAAAAUCACAGUAAAAACAUAAUAGGGGGGAAAGAGGGGGGAACCAAUUUAAAAUACAGGUUAAAAUGCAGUUUAAAAUGCAGCCUCAUUUUAAAAUAGCAGAUAAAUCAAGACCAUAAGGGGAGGGAAACAUAAGGGUCAGACCGAGUCCAAACCAAAAGCCUGGUGGAACAGCUCUGUCUUGCAGGCCUGCGGAAAGAUGUCAAGUCGUGCAGGGCCCUGGUCUCUUGUGACAGAGAGUUCCACCACAUCGGGGCCAGUGCUGAAAAGGCCCUGGCCCUAGUUGGGACCAAGCCUUGAGGCUCGGGACCUCCAAAGUGUUGUUAUUUGUGGAUGUUAAGGUCCUCCGCGGGGCAUAUCAGGAGAGGCUGUCCCAUAGGUACAAGGGUCCUAGGCCACAUAGGGCUUUAAAGGUCAAAACCAGCACCUUAAACCUGACCCUGUACUCCACCGGGAGCCAGUGCAGUUGGUAAAGCACUGGAUGAAUGUAAGGAGCCUUGCCGCGGCAUUCGGCACCCGCUGGAGUUUCUGGGUCAGCUUCGAGGGCAGCCCCACGUAGAGCGAGUUACAAUAAUCAAGCCUGGAGGUGACCGUUGCAUGGAUCACUGUGGCCAGAUCAGGGCGAGAGAUGAAAAAUUGCCACCUUUGCUGUGGCUGCAAUCUAUGCCUCCUCUAGCAGGCAGCCAGAGGCGGGUUCUGGAUAAUAGGAUCAGCGCCUGUAGGAUCUGCUGUGGGAUGAGCGCAACCCUGCCUUGUUCCAGCAGGAGCAAUGAGGCUGUCACACAAGGGAGGUUUCAAAAGUCACAUAGCGGACCUCUGGGCGAUGUUUUCAGCACUGGCUCUCUAGUGCGUCUUCCUCGAGAGAAAGUGGAGUGCGCCUCCAGGGGUGAAGUCAAACCACUGCAUCAGCAGCACCAAAGUGACUUCCUCGGGGUGCGAGCUUGGGCAGUGUGUCAGUGGCGUCGCAACGGGGGGCAGUGCGCCCUGGGUGCCAUGUCUGGGGGGUGACAAGAAGUCACUCUGCGGGGACUCGUGGAGGCGCGAGCAGCCAUCGCACCACUGCAGCCACGUGGAGGAUCCCGCAGCCGGCGAGCAGAGGAUCCCAGCGCCAGCGGCAAACCGAUAUGUACAACGCAUGUGCGGCGUCGCACGCAUGUGCUGUACGUAACAACGACGCAAAUGCGCUGUACAUAAUGGUGUGCUGCCGGCGCCGCUCCAGCACCGUAUGGACGGUGCCGGGAUCCUCUGCUCCCAGCUGCGGCCGUGAAUGGAGGGUCCUCCACAUGCGGUUGGAGCGGCAACAGAAGGGUCCCAGCACCGUCCGCAUGGAUGUGCGCCCUUCGUAGCGACGCCCUGCCCCAGGUGUCACGAUGCCUUCGUUCGCCCCUGCAGUGUGUAAGGGCAGUCCUAGGCUGCCCGGAUGACAGGACCCCCUUCUCACCCUCGCUGAUGAGGGUUUGAGACCCAUCGGCUGCCCUCACCUGGCUCAGCCAGCCAGUCGAAGCUGCUCCUAGGAAAUGGACGCUGUUUUGUGCUGGCAGCUUCUAGGAGCCACAGGUAAGAGUUGAGUGCAGGGCGAGGACCAAAGGUGGACAGACUAUUCCAGAAGUAGCACAAUGUGUGUUUCCCCACCCCAUAGGUAAAGGUAAAGGGACCCCUGACCGUUAGGUCCAGUCGUGACCGACUCUGGGGUUGUGGCGCUCAUUUCGCUUUAUUGGCCGAGGGAGCCGGCAUACAGCUUCCGGGUCAUGUGGUCAGCAUGACUAAGCCGCUUCUGGCGAACCAGAGCAGCACACAGAAACAGCGUUUACCUUCCCGCCGGAGCGGUACCUAUUUAUCUACUUGCACUGGCGUGCUUUCGAACUGCUAGGUUAGCAGGAGCUGGGACAGAACAACAGGAGCUCACCCCGUCACGGGGAUUCAAACCGCUGACCUUCUGAUUUGCAAGCCCUAGGCUCCAUGGUUUAGACCACAGCGCCACCCGCGUCACUCCCCCAUCCCAUACACCCCUCUAUAAGGUAUAUCUGAAGAAUAUCAGAAGAUAUACUGCAGGGACUGACUAAGCCAUUCUUCCGCAGCCUAGUGCUUUCCAGAUGUUUUGCUCCCACCAGCUGGCUGCGGCUGAUGGGAAUCGUAAUCCGAAACAUCUGGAGGGCACAAGACUGGCAAAGGCUGCCGUAGCGAUUGCUUCUGUGCAUCUGUGUCUUGGAAAUGAGGUGGAUUUCUCUGUUUGCCAGGCAGUUGGAGGCUACCUCUCUCUGCCAGUACAAAUAAAAUCUGGUUUUUUGCUUUCCGAAAUCCCUACAUGGAGGGCAUUUAAUUGGGAGCUCCACCAUGAAGGCAAUGGGGAGGCAGUAUGAACAAUUUGACAGGUAUGUGUUGAGCAGGCAUGUCUCUCAAUACCUGGGAAAAAAUAUAUACUGUAUUGGCCCGAAUAUAAGCCGCACUUUCCCCCCAAAUUCCAACCGUGUAAAGUUAAAGUGCGGCUUAAAUUCCCGACCUUACAAAAAUUGGCUUUUACGAUACCGCUGCUGAAAUAGACAUACGGCAAAACGGACCAAAAAAUGUUUUAUUGACGAUUUGCGAGCUUGAGACUGUUAAUUGGCCAUUUGCAGGUGUGGGUGGCUGCAGGAUUGAAGCUACUGAAUACCGAUUUGUGAUUUUAGCAAUUGUACGGUAACGUUGCGGGCUUGCAAGUUCAAAGGCUUAAUUAGGCUCGGAGUUACAAUUCUACCAACCGCAGCGGUUUUCAGCCUGUAACCCAUGCAUAGGCAAACUCCGGCCCUCCAGAUGUUUGCGACUACAAUUCCCAUCAUCCCUAGCUAACUGGACCAGUGGUCAGGGUGAUGGGAAUUGUAGCCCCAAACAUCUGGAGGGCCGGAGUUUUCCUAUGCCUGCUGUAACCCAAUUUUAAGGGAGCGGCUUAUAGUCGGGUAUUGUCUUUUUUUCUCCCCCCCCCCCUUGAAUUUUAAAGGUGUGGCUUAUUUGUGGGUGCGGCUUAUAUUUGUGCCAAUACGGUAUAUAUCCACCUUUCCUUUUUCCUCCAGGGCCAUUGGGGUGUUUUGGUGGUUCCAGAUAAAACACCUAUAUGGAUAUAGCAGGACCACAACAGCAGUCAGGUGGUGGGCAAAGGGGCACAGCAACCAACUCUCAGCCACAGGCCUUGGACAUUUCCAGGUUUUGGAUUCCUGUGAUGUUGGAGCACUCUCAAGAGAAGCCAGAUUAGGAUAAAGGCCUUGAUUAGGAUAAAGAUUCAUUCUAAAGUUCACAGGAUCCAUAGAUGGUUUGUUUACUGAAGGCACUUCUAACCUGCCCUUUAAGCAUAAAACAGGCCAGCAACAAAAGUUAAAAAUUAAAAAGAAAAGAGCAGGGAGAAGGAGGCUAGAGGCUGCUGCUCACAUUGCCAUCUUGACACUUUAACCCCGUUUAACCAAAGACGUUUCUCAGUGCAGCUUACAGAAAUAAUCAGUGCUAAGUAGUCCCUCUCCUCCAACUCAUACUCUAAAAAGACAUGGCGAAAAAGGGAAAAGGGAGGUGAAGGAAGAUGCUUGCAUGUAUCUUGUGGGUCUCCAUCCUAAGUUUUUCCUUGGUUGCACUCACAAAGACAUGGCACACAAGGAAAAAGGUAGAGGAGGGAAGAUAUAUCUUGUCGAGGUCCACCUUAAGCUUUUUCCUGGUUGCACUCAUAAUGUUCCCGCUUCUGAGAGGCCCUUCUUAUUAUUCAUCCUCUCCUGGAGCUCUGCCCUGUGACUUCCCUGUACUAGUCAGUUUGCCUUCCACGUCUUGCAGAGCUUUCAGCGAGAUGAUCGCAAUUGUGGCGUAAAUUCUGAGCUUGGGUUGGCAGUUCUGAGUGCACGUCUGAUUUCAGUAUUUGCGUUUCCAAAAGUGUAGCAGUAAAAUAACAAACCUCCAGAGGCGUGGAAAUGUAGAGCAUCAAGAAAGUGAUGUCAUAGCUUUGCGAAAGCUGAGCUGGUCCAAGUGUGAGCAAUUGCCUGGUUAGAUAAAGUCUGCUUAACAGCCCCCGCGCCCCCAUGCCUCCUUGGAUUCAAUGAUGGAAGUAAAAAUGAAUGUGCCAAAAGAAGCACGUUCAAACUUCGCUCGAGAGGAACGCAGAUUCCACCCCCACAGAUGCAAAUCAGUCCUACUUAUGGAAAAAGGGAGUGUCUCGUGCAAAAUUACUCCGUUUGUGUGCUGAAUCCGUUUGUCUGGAAUCUGGAAUCCUGUGCCAGAAGGAGAAGGGAACAGUCUAGAAGGGCCAGGAAGGAAGGAAGGAAGGAAGGAAGGAAGGAAGGAAGGAAGGAAGGAGGAAAAGUGGUCCUUCAGAAAUGAGUCAUGGGCAUAAUUGGCUCUUUAGGUUGUUUCUACUAUCUCAGCCAGCAUCAAGGAAAUAACGUUGAAGACAACGCAGAAAUAGCGCUUAACCUCAGUUAAACUUUCAUAUCUGGUGGUACCUUGGUUUACAACCAUAAUCCGUUCCGGAGGUCCGGUUGUAAACCAAAGCAGGUUGUAACCCAAGGCACGCUUUCGCCAAUGGCGCAAAAAAAAUGGUUUGUACUUUUUUUCAAAAUGGGUUGUAGUCCAAAAAAAGGGACACGCACUUCCGGGUUUGACAUGGUUGUAAUCCAAAACGGUUGUAAUCCAAAGCGGUUGCAAACGGUAUACAUUAAAAAAUAAUUCACCAAAGUGCUGGUGCAAGGGAGAAAGAGGCAGCUGUAUGGGCUGUUGUGGUGGACAUGCCCAAAGGUAGUAACUUUUGGCCAAGUGCUUAAUGAUAUAAGUAAAAUUACACAUUUAAUAGGUGAAAACUUGAAUGUUUGGUACAAGAGAGCAUGCUUGGCAUAUCGCUCUUAUGGAAAAAUGGGCUUACAAAUCAUGACUCGCAAGAGGAACAAAGCACAAAUAUACCUUUGCGGGAGAAGGGGGACUCUUCUUUGGGUUUCCAAAAUCUCCAGAAAACCAAAGACCAGUUUUGAAGGUUUAUAGAGGUUUACUGUUAUAAGUCGUGGUGCACAUAUGGGAAUACAAGUUUUCAUAAUGAAAUUUUGUGCUUCUCCGGGCAAAUAAAGAAAGUUUUUUUUAAAAGUUAGUUAUAAAAUAUUUUUAAUAAAUAAGUAAGUGUGCAUCACUACCACCUAAGUACAAUGGAGACAGCUGGGGAGGCCCCUUACUGAAAUAGUGUGAGAGAGAAAUAUGUCUGCAUAUUUCCUGCAUUGCAGGGGGUUGGACUAGAUGACCCGUGGGGUCCCUUCUCUACAAUUCUGAUUCUACAUGUGGUGAGUGUGCAUGUGGUCUGUAGGUGUGCUGUAUGGGGUUGUGUAUCUCAUAUGUGGCCCAUUGAGUUGUGUCUGACCAGCAAUGGGACCCAUGGGUCAAAAAGACACACACAAAAUUGCAGUCUGCAAAUCAAAGUCAUAUUCUGCUCCGUGUAAAAUCUUUUAUUCUUUCUCUCUCCCUGCCAGGUGGGAUACAAGCCAUUUUAAGAAGGCUGGAGGGGCACAGAGGGACAGCUUUAUCAUUCAUCCUGAAUUUGUUUCGGAAUCAUUCCCCCAUCCACCGUGUUGGUAGUAGAGAGUUGAGACAGGCUGCCAUUAAAAUUGCCGCUGGUGACUAA